AUUAGCAGAUGUGGCCUGUGAGAGAAGGGGCAUAUAUCACGUAUCGUAAUAUAUAUUGGCAGCUGGUUAUUGAUAUUGGUAUUAUAGGUUACAUUUAUUGAGUGCCAUAUUGAGUGUCAUAGUCAAGAUUCGAUCAUUCAACAUGGAGUACAGGUGUAUGAUGUGGUCAUGGCGUGCAUGUCUGGUUAUGUGUUUGGUUCAUGUUGGCUCGGUAUGUGCUCAAUUGGAAGGCGACGUCCGUUUGGUUGACGGGAUCUCCAAUUCCAACCAGGGUCGAGUGGAGAUCUUUCACGAUGGUACAUGGGGUACGGCCUGCAACAAGGAUUGGGGAGACGAGGAAGCCACCGUUGUAUGCAGACAGAUGGACCUGGGCGAGGUCCUGCUCUCGAAAGCCUUCUUCGGCAACGGUUCCGGACCUAUAUACGUCGGGGCACACUGUCACGACCACGACUUCCACAUCAACGAGUGCCAUGGGAGCUGGGAAGAGGUACCGACCACAUGUACGCAUGAGGACGAUGUGGCUGUGAUCUGUUACCCGGAGAACCAUGAAGAAGCUGCUACUGGUAUAUCGCUCUGGAAUGAAAUGAUCAUCGUCAUCGCGUUUGGUGUGUUCUGUUUGCUAUUCAUCAAAGUGGUUAAAUUCUUAGAAGACAGCAAAGAUGCGGUUGAUCUAAUGGCCCUCGAGGAAGCUCGAACUGAAGACCACCCCCACGCCGCUAGCCAACACGUCAGCACCGCGGAUGAAUGUGACCUCUCAGCAAGCGAGAAAAAGGGCGUCUCAUGCCGCGAGAAGGAGGGCGUUUCUUCAAGUAAAGAUGACACCACGGCAAGUAAAUCUGACGUCGCAGGAAGCAAAAAUGACGUCAACAACAACGAGACUGAAGAAGUAGACGAGAGAUAUACUAUUUCAAAAGAUAUCCAAAGCACAGAUGUAUCUGUUCAGACUUUAGAAUGAAUGACUGUUCUUCCAUAUAAUGCAUGUAUAUAUAGUAUACAAAUAAUGAAAGUUCAUGAGUUAUUA